AAAAAGGUCCAAAAACUUUUUUUUUGUUUUCUUCCCCUCUUAUAAAGCGUCACGGUGUUAGCUUUUCCCCCUCCCAUAUAUAUAUAUAUAUAUAAAUCUUCUUUUUAUUCAUCUAAAUAGCAAUGGGCAUUUUAAACGGUGAUAUACCUUUAAACGCCUUGCGUUUUAAAGACGAUGGUUUACCCACUGACACCUCUAUUGAACAAAAACGUACCGAAGACUCCAUUUUAGAAAAAUUUGUACCCUUUGCACCCAACAAUGCAGAAAAAUUACCUUUAGAAACUAUCCAACUGGACAGAAAGAAACACUUGGCCUACUUAAAAAAAGGUUUAGCAGGUUUAGGCCCUUGGGGAAAAGCCCUCGACGCCAGUAAGCCUUGGUUAGUCUAUUGGAUUUUUCACUCUUUAGACCUCUUGGAAUUCAACUUUGACCAAGCACUUAUUCAAAGAACCGUAGCGACCUUUACAAACUGGCAAUUACCCACAGGAGGUUUCGGUGGUGGAGCGGACCAACUUGCUCAUUUAGCUACCACCUAUGCUGCCGUCAAUGCAUUAGCCAUUGCCGGCACACCUCAAGCCUACAACGUCCUGAACAAGAAAACGUUGUACGAAUUUCUGAUGCGUAUGAAGCAACCCGAUGGUUCAUUCACAAUGCAUCAAGGUGGAGAAAUCGAUAUUCGUGGCUCCUAUUGUGCACUGUCUGUUGCUGCAUUAACUAACUUGCUAACACCCGAAUUAACUGCCAACUGCUCCGACUUUAUUCGUCGAUCACAGACCUAUGAAGGUGGUAUUGGUCCUUAUCCUGGAAAAGAAGCACAUAACGGCUAUACUUUUUGUGGAUUAGCAGCUCUUGAGAUUCUUGCUGAACUUGAUACUUUACACAUGGACAAACUCAUCAAUUGGUGUUCGUCACGUCAGAUGGGUUUGGAGGGUGGUUUCCAAGGAAGAACGAAUAAAUUAGUAGAUGGUUGCUACUCAUUCUGGGGUGCAGGUGAUUUCCCUUUACUGCGAGCUCAACUCUUACGUGAUGGAGAAGAAGAUCUUGAUUACUUAUUUGACCGUGAGGCGUUGCAAGAGUAUAUCUUGCUGUGCUGUCAGUCGAAUUAUGGUGGACUUUUGGAUAAACCUGGAAAGGGAGCGGAUUAUUACCAUACAUGUUACUGCCUUUCAGGAUUAUCAGUGGCUCAGCACUCGAUUCGGUACGAUGUGGAGAAAGGUCAACAUGUGCAAGGAGGCUUACGGUCUCUCAUGUGGCAAUGUGAGAACGAAUAUGUGAUUGUGGGUGAUAUCGUGACAAAUUCUUUAAAUCCUACCCAUCCCGUGCAUAAUAUCACUUUACGUGCGGCCAGAAAUAUGAUUCAUUACUUUUAUGAUACCACCGGUCUCCAAUUGCCAGUAGAUGAAGAUGCUAAUCUUGUAGAAUAGUUCCCCUCACAACAACCAAAAAAAAAAAAAAAAAAUUAAAUCUCAGCAGCAUAAAAAAAGGCUAAUUAUACGCGCACCAUACUUUUUGCUUGAAAAAAAAAUUUCGCGCACCAUACUUUUCUGUGCCGGUCAAAUAAUAAAUUCCGGGUCGGACCAAAAAUAAUUUUUGCACAU